GAAAAAGAGGAGGUGAACCUUGUUUUCUGGCAUACACCAUCCAACGCUUUCAUUAUCAUUUAAGCGAGAUUUUAUCCACUCAUAACUUUUCAUUACAUUUCAAACGCCAUAACAAAUAAUCCACUUAACAGAAAAGGGGUCGUGGACUUUAACAGUCGCGCGGAUCGUGUCAAUAGGAAACAGCUGUUGCCCCACUGUAGUUGUUUUACAACUACCCUAAAGGAGACGAGACGAGGUAAUUUUGAAAUUUUGAAAAGUGCGGGGACAUGUCCCUGAUCGGCCACCGAUCGGAAUCGGCCGAUAUUCAUCUUAAAUCCAUGAUCGGCGAUUGGCCGAUUGUGCCUAGAUGUAGAGCUGAUCUUUUUUGCAGCAUGCAGGGAAUCACACAUACACUGCAACUCUAUGAAUGAGCGCUUGCUCAGCCCUUGAUGCAUGACAGAAUGGCCUUUGGAGGUUUACAGUUGCCAUGGAAACUGUCCUGGUCUUCCUUUUUUCCCUCCUAGUCUAUGUGGCGGCUUUGUCUGACACCGCUGCCCAGGAUGGAAAAAAUAAAGUCUUGGACCCAUUUGCAUACGACUAUGAGAGUUUGAGGAUCGGGGGUUUGACGUUGGCAGUAGUGCUCUUCGCUCUGGGAGUGCUUCUUAUCCUGAGUCGCAGGUGCCACUGCAGUAUCAACCAGAAGCCCAGGGCCCCAGGAGAUGAGGAAGCUCAAGCCGAGAACCUCAUGGUCUCCAAUGCCAAGGAGACUCCUAAGACAGAGAACUGAGACAGUCCAGUGUUGCCGAACACAUAGCCGUGGCUGAACGACUUCACUGAUGCUGAGGAUGGUGAUGAUGAUGAAGCUGUUCCAGACCAUGGCUAUGGAGGAGAAAGAGAUUUGGGAGGGGGAGGAGACUAUGACUUGGGUUAUUAAUGGGCAAGUGUCUUGUACGUAGACCUCUAGUCCUGUCAUGUGACCAGUAACCAUAUCCGUCUUUCCGUCCGUGCCCUUUUGCGACAGUCCGUCUUAAGUGAGUUGUUUAGCAAAACUAGCAACAUCUUGCAAAUCAUUCUUAACUUUUUGGCUCCUACCCAGCUGAAUUUGUGCGUUGGUUUAAUUAUAUCGUUGUAGGUCACGCGAAAAUGACAAUUCUGUCAUCAUGUACUCACCCUCAGUGUCGUUCCAAAUGUUUAAGUUUAAAAUGUUUAAACAUGUUUAAUGUUUACUUUCUUUCUUCUGUACAAUGAAAGUGGAUGGUGACGUGAGGCUGUCAAGCAGUCUAUAUGACUUGUGCGCUAUAUUUGAAGUCUUCUGAUAACUUUGUGUAAAGAACAGACUGAAAUUUAAGUUGUUAUUCACUGAAAAUUUAAAAUUUGUUGGUCUCCAUUCACUUACAUUGUGCGGAAAAGAACUGCUUGGACAUUCUGCCUGACAUCUCCUUUUGUGCUCCAUGGAAGAAAGAAAGUCAUACUGGUUUAGAAAUACAUGAGGAUGAGUAGAUGAUUACUGAAUUGUCAUUUCUGUGUGAACUAUCCCUUUAACAGUAAAUAACAGUUACUGUUAUCGGUGGUGUGACCACUUGUUAUCGUUAUUUGUGUCCCAACUGCUGUUUUAUCUCUUGUAGAUUGUAUUGAUUAUAUACAGACAUAUUUGAAAUGAAUAUGCAUAAGUAUUUAAUAUACUGUAAGUAUUAAUUCACAGUGAUGCAGAAUACAUAUAUAUUUGAAUACACAGUGUAUGCAUGAGUGUAUGAGCUUGUAUGAAUGUGUGUGUGUGUGUGUGUGUGUGUGUGUGUGUGUGUGUGUGUGUGUGUGCCCAUAUUCAUAUAAAACAGUGGGUGUGGGCACCCUCCUCCCGACAAUCUUUCAACCUCUGUACCCAGACCAAGCACAAAAACAGAACAGUACCACAACUGUACCACAGGGGGCUCCACAGCAAUGGCCUCUGAUCAGCUGCAACACUGCCGGGCUCUGUGCCCACAUUCGGACCCACAGUCUUAACGUCUGCAGCCUGAGAACAGACUCAGACACCAAGACCGAAGGAGCAAUUCACCUCACCAUAGUGCCGCUAACCUGUGUCCUGUACCUUCUCACCUCCUGUAUACUGUUGCUCAGUGGUUCCCAACCCUGUUCCUGGAGGCCCCCCAGCACUACACUUUUUGGAUAUCUCCCUAAUCAAACACACCUGAUUCAACUCAUCAGCUCGUUAGUGGAGACUCCAAGACCUGAAUUUGGUGUGUCAGAAAAGGGAGAUAUACAAAAUGUGCAGUGUUGGGGGGUCUCCAGGAACAGGGUUGGGAACCACUGUGUGUAGCUAAUGCAUUCACUUUCUUAAAGGGAUAGUUCACCUGGAAAUGAAUAUUCUGUCAUCAUUUAUUCACCCAAACCUGUAUGGCUUUCUUCAGUGGAACACAAAAGGAGAUAUUUUGCCAGACUGAAUGGGGACCAUGCCUGUCAACCUCCAGAAAGGGCUAAAAAAGCACCCUAUGACUCUUGCGUAAUAUUCCAAGUCCCCUGAAGCAUUCGGUAGCUUUGUGUGAGGAAACGAGUAAAAUUUAAGUUGUUAUUUACUAUUAUUUUCUUAACUAUGGUGUUUCUUGCAACUGGGCUUUGGUCUUUGACCAGUCAAUAUUGAGCCAAGUCGAGUCCAUAAUAGCCAGUUCAGAGUUAAGUCAGAGUGAAUCAGGUCAUGAAUCUGAAUUAAAAUAACUGUAAAACUUUGUUAACCUUCACAGCAACAACAAAAAACUGUCAAUAUCAGGGUCACAACUAUCCAUUUAUAGAUAUUGUUGGAUUCGAGACCAUCAAAUCCGAGCCUGAGUCCGGACUUGAAUAACCCAACUCUCUUGAGUGAUUCAUAUCCUAUUACAUCUGGUCCCCAGAUUGAAUAUUCAUGUCAUUGCCAUGGCUGCAUUAAUGUACCAUGGACCGCUAUCUCUGUUGCACACCAUCAAUGUGUUUACAUCUGCAACUCCCACUGCACGUUUUCAUGCACUUGCUCCAGCGAAUGUUGAUGGGGGAGAAUAGCAUGAUUGAUGCCGCUAAGUAAAUUUUUGGGUGAACUAUUCCUUUAAUAUCACUCUUAAGACCACUGUUCAAUAGAACCAGAAUGUCGGCCUCUAAGGAGACCAACAUUUGCUUUUGUGUGUCUGUGUAUGUAGGAGUGUGUGUUGUGCCACGUCACUUGGUGUGAUAAACCCAUGAGAGUUGUAGAAAUGUAGGUUGGUUUAUAAAGAGUAAAUUAUUCCACAGAAUAGUUAUCACAUUUAGUUAAGAACACAAUGUAAUGCUACAGAUACUUCGCUAUUAGGGAAUUUGAUACAUCUCUGUGCACCUGCUGUGUUUGGCCGCUCUUUGUGCUUCUGUACAAAUAAAGUCUUUGACACAGGCAUCAGUGUGUGGGUUUGUAUUUUUCUCUCUGAUAUGUGAGAACAGAGACAAAAAGUGUCAGUCAAUCUCUCAUCACCUUUCUCACUUUUUAAAAGAUCAUAUUUCACCUGCCAGAAAAAAGCAGCUUUCUUCAUGUCAGGGAAAAUUUUAUUGAGGAGCGUCUUAUCCAUCAGGAUGAUCGAUUUGACACCGUUGUAGCAACUCUCCCACACUGUUGACUGACAGGUGAAAGGAUUUCAAGUCAAUUACUAAUGGCUGAAUGCUCUCUGAGGUCCUUUACUUAUACUUCAAAGUCAAGACACAAUAUGGCCACCAUCACUCCCGGACUGAAGUGUUUUAUACUGUGAUGUAAUUUGACUUCCCUUUGACGAUGAUUCCAAAGGUUGGCCGCAGCUGUAUUUUAUCACUGUUUGAAGGUCACUGUUUAUAGGCUAAUAAAUGUGUUUCAAAGAAUGGUGGGCUGCCAGAUUUACGAAUGCUCUUGGAAGUAGGGAGGGGUUGAGGGAUGGAAUGCACCUGG